AUGCAGCCUCAGACUCCCGUUCAUCACGACUCGGACUCCGAAGAUGAUUUAGACUACGUUCCAGACGACGACGGUGCCUCCUCAGACGACGAGGGAAACGACCGGGGUGCACAGCCUGAGGCCGCACCGCAGGCGUCAGUAACGGAGGAAGAGAAAGAGGCACAGAAACGAGCUCGCGAUGCUUUAUGGGCCAGCUUCCAGGCGUCCGUAUCGUCCACGUCUACACCCAGCACGAGCCGGCCGAAGCUGGUGAAGAUCGAAAAGCGGUACAAGUUCGCGGGAGAAGACGUCGUAGAAGUCAAAGAAGUAUCUGAGGACUCAGAGGACGCGAAGAGAUGGCCUCGAUGGCAGCCCCCAGACUCCGAAUCGCCUGCCACCCCUGCCUCCAUUCCGGCCGUAUCCUCAAUCCAACCGCACAGCGCCCCACCAGAGGUAAUAGCCCCAGAAGCUCAGCCGGUCCCCUCCUCCUCCACCCCUGCGCCCACACCCACACCCGCCACAAAACCACCCGCAAAGAAGCCCGGCCCGCGCAAGCCGAAGGUGACCCUCGCCCCCCUCCCAUCCUCACAAAAGCCCAAGAAGCUUAGCACGCUCGAGAAGUCUGCGAUGGACUGGCAGGCGAAGGCCGCGCAGGACCAGGCGCUCAAGGACGAGCUCGAGGCCAACCGGCGCGGCGGCGGGUACCUCGAGAAGGUGGAGUUCUUGCAGCGGGUGGACGAGCGGAGGGACGCGGCUCUCGAAGCUAAUCGCUCCAGCAAGCGGAGGAAACUGUGAGCAGUCUCCAAGUUGCAUUCGCGUGAUUUGUCGUGUGUCGUGUUCUGUACUUAAUGUACCUGGUCUCAUUAAUCUGUCAGUGUUGUAUCCCAUUGUAUUAUAUUGAAUGUAUUUAUGGUGCGCAGACGUGUCUGCGGCUUCGCCCUAAUUUGUGAACCGCUCACUGUAAUUCUG